UUUUACGUAAUAUUUGCUAUAAUUAUAUUCAAAUUAUACUUGAUUAAAUAGGUAUAGGAAGCAUUGUUGUUUCAUUAUUUGGAUAUAUUAUUUGUUAUUUUAGCAAAUUCUUUUAUUAUUCACGUAAAAUAAAGGUGCAUAGGUCAAUUUAUUGUUACUAAGUUAUCAUCGCAGGUGUAUCAUAGGAACCUAGGUAGGUCAAUUUUGGUUGCCGUCGUGUAUGAUUGUCAUUUGUUAUUUCGGAUUAAUGAGCUUAUUUUAUUUAUGGUGAUGUACUUAUUUUCAAUGCAAAGUAAUUAGUUAACUUGAUAGUUUAAUUUUGCAACAAAAAUCACUAAGGCCCUUGUUAUGAUUUAAUAGACAGUAAAGUUUGUUUUAUUAGAAUUAUCGACACAUUCAUUUUCAAUUAAUGCUUUUUGUUAUUUUAAUUGUCGACAAAUUAUUGUUAGAUAAUUAACGCAUUAAAUUGGUAGGCAUAACUGUAUCUUUACUUUAAACAUCGGUUGUUUAUAUUUACAUUGUAAACAUUUCAGGUUGACCACAUCCGUUUCCCAAUAUGUCUGAAGAAAAGGAUCUUGUUAAGAAACGUGGUAGUUUUAAGGGACGUUUGACGUUAUUCAUCAAUUACCUGGAUGGGUUGCCAGAAUUUGAUGAACAGUUAGACAGUUGUACGGUCAGGGAAUUGCAAUUACGGAUGGGGAAGAUCGAAAGUAUGUAUGAACUUUACAAUGAGGUACAGUUACGUUUAGAAUGUUUAGCUGACGAUAUCAAUUUUCGAUUAACCGAACGAGCUGAGUUCGAGUCUUUGUAUUACAACUCUCUGUCUAGGGCACAGGACUUACUAUGUAAGUACAAUAAUGAUAAAGAAUCGGUAAGUAGUGAUAAAAUUACCCGUAUUAGUCAACGUAAGCCUGUUAGGUUGCCCACCAUUCAGCUCCCAAAGUUCAACGGGACUUAUAGCAAUUGGUUGGAGUUCCGUGACACUUUUAUCAGCCUUAUUCAUUAUAAUGACGAAAUUGACCAAAUUAAUAAAUUCCAUUACUUGCGAGCGUCUUUGGAGGGAUCUGCUGCUGUUGUAAUUCAUGCCGUUGAGUUUUCAGCCGGAAAUUACGACAUAGCUUGGAAAUUGAUAUGUGAUCGUUUUGACAAUAAAAGAUUAUUGGUGCAGAAUCAUUUAUCCUCCUUAUUUAAUUUAAACACUAUAGUAAAAGAGUCAUCUUUUGUGUUAAAAGAUUUAAUUGAUCAACUUAAUAAAAAUCUACGUGCAUUGGAGUCACUAGGUGAGCCUGUGAAACACUGGGACACUUUAUUAAUAUAUAUAGUGACUUGUAAAUUACCUCAGCACACAUUGCGUGAGUGGGAGGAACAUAAGGGUCGCAUAGAUAAAGAUAUAAUAAUAACAUUUAGUACAUUCCUACAAUUCAUUCGCACGCGCUCUGAUUUGUUGGAAACCUUAGAGUUAGCGCGAGCUUACAAUAAUGCUUCUCCCUCUAAGCAUAGUACAGAUAAUAUAUUUUUAGCAGACCCCACAUUUAAUAAGCCGUCAGAAGUAGAUAUAUUAAUAGGUGCUGAUCUCUUCUGGGACUUGGUCGGGUCACAGAGAAUUAGACUAGGUGUAGGUAAGCCGGUACUGUGUGACACGUUACUAGGCUGGAUAGUUUCCGGUCCUGUUACUUAUAAUCAAGGCAAGCGUAGGUCAAAUGAUAUUUCUUGUAAUUUUACUCAGACAGAUUCCUCUUUUAAUAAUGAUUUUAAUAAAAUUCACAAUGAUUUGGUGAAGUUUUGGAAUCUGGAAGAGAUAAACCCUCCAUUCUCUCAUUAUUCACCUGAAGAAAGGUUAUGUGAGGAACAUUUUUUGAAAAAUACGACACGUUUAGAUGAUGGUCAUUUUUGUGUUCGUAUUCCAAUGAAGCAAAGUCCUUCCAUGUUAGGAGACUCAUUCCAAAGGGCAUCUAAAUGUUUUUAUUCUCUAGAACGUAGACUGAAAUCAAAGCCUGACUAUGGCACUAUGUAUCGAGAUUUCAUGUCUGAAUAUAUAGAGUUAGGUCACAUGACUGAAAAAACUAAUAUUGAUAUUAGUAAAGGAUAUUUUAUUCCACAUCACGGAGUGCUGCGUGAAAGUAGCACUACUACAAAGUUGCGUGUAGUCUUUAAUGCAAGUAGCCCUACUUCUACAGGACUUUCAUUUAAUGAUGUGCAGAUGGUGGGACCUACAGUGCAGGAUGACCUCAUAUCUAUACUUCUUCGGUUCCGGCAACACAAAUACGUGUUGUCAGCUGAUGUUGCAAAGAUGUAUAGAUGUAUUUAUGUUCAUCCUGCUGAUAGGCACCUGCAGCAGGUACUGUGGCGCGAUAAUGAUGGCGAUCCUGUCAAAGUUUUUGAGUUAAACACAGUUACUUAUGGCACGUCUAGUGCACCAUAUCUUGCUACGCGUUGCCUUCAGCAAAUAGGUAUUGAUUAUAAAAAUAACGAUUCCCAAAUGGGUGAGUCAUACCCAUGUAGCAAAGAUAAGAUUGCUGAAAUUAUCAUGCACGAUUUUUAUGUAGAUGACCUGCUGACAGGAAGUGAUGAUUUAAAUGAGGUUAAGUUUAUUUGCACAGAGGUUACCAACGCACUGGCUUCGGCUUGUAUGCCGCUUAGAAAAUGGAGAUCUAAUGUUACGGAAUUAGUUUCUGAAGCUUCUCAGUCAUCGUUAGAGUUAGACAUAGGACCUAACGAAUCUAAUAAGUUGUUAGGAUUAGACUGGUUUGCUAGUUCUGAUGAAUUGGGAUUUUCUUGCUCCACGUUGCCUCCUAAGGAUUGUGUGACUAAGCGUGACAUACUCUCUGCCAUAGCACGGAUUUUCGACCCCUUAGGUCUUUUAUCACCUUGUGUAAUAACUAUGAAAAUGCUAUUGCAACGCAUGUGGUUGGAUAAAAUCUCAUGGGAUGAGCCAUUAUCUCCGGUACUUAAUGAUAUUUGGAACACUAUUGUGAAGGCAUUGCCAAUUAUUAAUGAUUUUCGUGUUCCGCGCCUUGUUGUGUGUGACGUUUACACUACGUUGGAACUUCAUAUAUUUACAGACGCGUCUGAGCGUGCCUAUGGCGCGUGCGUCUAUGUACGUAGUGUUAAUCAUAAGGGUGAAUAUUUGAUACGGCUUCUAACGGCUAAAAGUCGAGUGGCACCGAUUAAGCCGACCACCAUUCCAAGGUUGGAAUUGUGUGGGGCUGUGGUCGGAGCCCGUUUAUGUGAGAAGGUUCUUAGUUCUUGGCGAGUAAAACCAAGUCAAGUUUAUUUCUGGACUGACUCCACCAUAGUAUUGGGUUGGUUGCAGAUGUUGCCUGCUAAGCUUCAGCCAUUUGUACGCAAUCGCGUUGCUGAAGUUUUAGACAAGGCGGGCCACUGCACAUGGAGACACGUUCCAACCGAUCAUAAUCCUGCAGACCUAAUAUCUCGUGGUGUGGAUAUUAGUGUUCUAAAAUCUUUAGACUUAUGGUGGAGCGGUCCCAGCUUUCUAAAGCAACAUAGUUCACAUUGGCCUUCUCCAUGUAAAUCAUUAGAGUUAAACGAUCUGCCUGAAACUCGACCUUCUGUUUCUUUGAGCGCUACUAUUCGUAAUGAUAGUCUAAGUUACACUCUUAUAGAUUUUAGUAGAUUUUCAAAUUAUUUAAGGCUUAUCCGCACUGUAGGUACUGUUUUAAAAUUUAUUAAAUUGUGUAGAAAAAAGCCUACAGCUAGUAAAUUUCUGUCACAAGACGAUUUGCAGGAUGCACUAAAUGUUGUCAUUAUCCAAAGUCAAAAGGAAUCAUUUCCUGAGUAUGAAAUGCUUUCUGGUAAUCGUAAAUUGCCAAAUAAAAGCGCCCUUAUUAAAUUUAAUGUAUUUCUUGAUGAUAAUAAAAUAAUGCGUGUUGGAGGACGCUUAGUUAAUUCCUUGUUUUGUUUUGAGAAAAAGCACCCUAUUAUUUUACAGUCCACUCAUAAAUUUACAAAAUUACUUUUUGAAUUUGAACAUAUAAGGUUAAUGCAUGCAGGCCCACAAUUGAUGUUGGCUUCUAUUAGAGAUUCGUACUGGCCUAUAGGCGGACGAAAUUUAGCGAGGAGUUGUUAUCGUAAGUGUGUACGUUGCUGUCGCAUAUCAGGUAGAACAGUUAGUCCUAUAAUGGGCAAUUUACCACAGCAGCGUCUCCUUCCAGGCGGUUACCCCUUUCAGUGCACUGGUGUGGACUAUGCUGGUCCCAUCAUGGCUGCUAGUCGGCAAGGUCGCGGAUGUAAGCUGAUAAAAGUGUACAUUGCAAUUUUUGUAUGUUUCACCACUAAAGCUAUCCAUUUGGAGCUGGUGAGUGACUUAACGAGUAAUAAGUAUUUACUAGCAUUAUUUCGAUUUAUUUCGCGACGGGGAAAGCCCGAUGAUAUUUAUUCCGAUAACGGUACCUCAUUCGUAGGGGCCUGCAAUGAACUUUCGAAGUUUCUUAAAACUAAUUGUGAUUCCUUGAGCGAACAAUUAGCUAAUGAUGGUAUCAAAUUCCAUUUUAUCCCUGCGUAUAGCCCUCAUUACGGCGGUCUUUGGGAAGCGGGUGUUAAGUCAACAAAGUUCCACCUUAGGCGAGUGUUGGGAAAUUGUAACCUUACGUUUGAAGAACUUAACACCACGUUAGUCCAGAUUGAGGCAAUAUUAAAUUCACGUCCACUGACGCCUCUGUCUUCCGAUCCAGCAGAUUGCACCCCAUUGACUCCAGGACAUUUUUUGAUAGGCCGGCCUCUUACUUCACUUCCACGGCAUGAUAUCAAGGACCAUUCCACUGCUUCAUUAUCACGUUUCCAACGAAUAGAGCAGCUACGCCAGCAUUUUUGGGCUCGUUGGAGUAAGGAGUUCGUGUCUGAGUUGCAGCACAGAAUCAAGUGGCAAAAGGGCAACGAUACACUGAAGCUGGGUGCAUUGGUCGUCGUAAAGGAAGAUCAUCUACCUCCUCUCAAAUGGCGAUUGGGAAGAGUCAUUGCCGUCCAUCCUGGAUCAGAUGGAAUUGUUCGGGUGGCAGACAUCACCACAUCUGUUGGAGUCAUACGAAGAGCUUUCAAUAGGAUUUGCCCUCUACCCGUCGACGCAGAGUUUGGUUGAAAGAGAGGCUUUCAACGCCCGGGGGCAUGUUUGCGCCAAUUAAUUAUCUGUGCGCAAUUUCCAUUGUAAAAAAAAAAAAAGAAGAAAAAUCUUCCCGCCUUUUUUUGAACGUUUUUCCGAAUACACAUCUUUUUAUCGAGU